GAGUCUCUGACCUACUACUAGUACCGACAGGGGAGCAGGCGAUCAUCAAUCCUUUCAUCGACGACGGCGACGGGCAGGAGUAUUCUUGGCGUUUAGGAGCUCUCUCACGUGGCUCUUAAAGCUUGAAGACUAUAUAUAAAGGUCCUUGCAGAUAAGAGACUCCAAGUCUGCGUCAUUAUGUCGAAGGGACCCAUCACAUGUCAUGUCCUCGAUGUCUCUCUUGGAAAACCAGCAGAGGGAGUGGAGGUCAACAUUCAGACUUAUCACAAAGGGCAGAGAAAUGUCGACAUCUUCAGUCCGUUUGCACAUGGUGUCACAGAUGCCGAUGGGCGAUGCUUGAAUAUGCUGCCCCCACGAGGAUCCGAUGAGGCUACGUCGCAGAAUAAACAAGUGGGUGCUGGGACUUACAAGAUCGUCUUCAAGCCGAAGGAAUAUUUUGAAAAGACAGGCAGAAAAUGUUUCUAUCCCUGGGUGGAGAUUACUUUCGAGAUUGAAAACCCAGAAGAACAUUACCACAUCCCACUUCUGAUUAGCCCGUAUUCCUUCACCACUUACAGGGGAAGUUGAGUGUAUGUGGAAUGAAACGAUUGGGACAAUCCGUGAUCCAAACAGACAUUGUAUCAUAUCCAUAUCGUUACCUUCUUAUAAUAAUGAUCCCCACAAUAUCCAAAUAUCUUGA